GAUUUAAGCCCGCGCAUCUUGGCUAAUUUGUUUGAUUAUGCGCUGUCUGUCGAAGUGACAAGAGGAGGUGAAACACAUUGUGUGUUAUAAUGCUGAGACAUGUUUGGGUCAUCCUGUCUAUAUUACGACUUGAUGGAAAUUCUUCAAAUCUUGCUUUUGAAAAACCUUCUACCAUAAGUACAAUGCUUAGAGCUACCACCACGGCAUCUCGUGCCGUGGACGGAAACAACGAAACUAGACUGAAGUUCUGUGCAGCAACAACACAAGACGACAUGGAACCCUGGUGGAUGGUGGAUCUGCAUGGAUACUUCCACAUCCAUGACGUCACCAUCACGACCAUCAACGGCUGUGCAUUCUCUCGACUUUUUCACCGUGUACAAGAGACGCGACUGAACUCGACAAAUGACGUCAUUUCCGGCGUUGUUGACGUCAUGAAUUGCGCGAGCAGAUGUGGCCACCGGGAUUGUUUGGCGUUCAACUACAACCAGAACAGCCAUCAGUGUCAGCUCAUUUCAGCUCCGACGUUUAACGAUUCAGUAACGAUGACGUCAUCGUGGGAUUACUACGGAGUGGAUCUUUGUUGAUCAAUUUAAUAUCUGAACUUUGUUAAAACUGGAAGAAACACAGGAUGGGCCUGUAUUGGGCAGAGCCGGGAUUUUAUAAUGAGGGAUCCUAAAAUUAUAAACAGAGGAAAUUUGUAUCUGCAAAUUAGUCAAGCUCCAGAAUGGAUCGAGAAUUCUAGGACAUUCGAUGGCAAUUUUUAAUAAGAUGCCCAGAGACGCUUUUGUAAUGGCAAUUUACUUUCAGUUUGCAACAUUUCUGCAUGAAACAUUUUGUAAGAUCAAAACUUCUUAAUUGUACCAGUCAUAUUCGUGUAUGUAUUCGUCAGAGUGUGUUAUAUUAAAGACAUCAUUCUAAAGGAAAUUUCAUCGGAAUAAAUAGGAUUACCCACA